AUAUACGAAUAAAAUUGAAUGGCAAAAAGAAAAGCAAAAAAAAAUUUUGAAAUUUUGAAAAUCCAAAUUUUUUUGAUCAUUAAAAAUGGCCAGUAAUUAUGCUCAAACAGUUGUCCAAGCAAUGAAAAUGAUGUCUAAUUUGAUGAUGACCAAAAUUAAACAACGAUCAAAUUGGUCGUAUUAUGAUCGAAAAUUUAUUAUCAAUAAUGAUUUAUUGAAAACUACCUAUUUAUCAUCAUCAUCAUCAUUCGCAACAACGUCAACAUCAAUUUUUUCAUCAUUAUCAUUGUCGAAUUUGAGGAAAUUUCCAUUAUAUUCAAUCAUUAUUCAAAAUAUGAUUUUGAUGAUUAUAAUGAUAACAACAAUGUUGCCAUUACCAAAUAGUUGUUUAUUGCUCAAUACAGCAGAUCAUAUUGUCGAUCAUAUUGGGCCAUAUUUCAUACGUGAACCACCACAGCAAGUGAUAUUUUCAAACAAUACCGGUGCCGUAAUUUAUUGUUCAGUGAAUGGAAAUCCAAUGCCAAAAGUUUAUUGGGAAACAAAAAAUGAUCAAAUUAUAACCGAUGUUACAGGCAUACGACAUGUACGACAUGACAAUGCACUCAUUUUUCAACAAUUUUCGACCAAAGAUUAUCGUCCAGAUUUACAUUCACAAACGUAUCGUUGUUGUGCAGAAAAUUCUGUUGGCAUUAUCAAAAGUCGAUAUGUUCAAGUUCGUGCCGUGGUUGAACAACGAUUUGUAAUCGAAGUUUACGAUGAAUUUGUUACCGCAGGCAAUUCAGCAUUAUUACGUUGUCAUAUACCAGCAUUUAUGCGUGAUUUACUUGAUAUUAUUGGUUGGAUAGAAGGUUCAUCUAAUCAUAUUUUACCCGAUACAAAUGCCUUUGUUUCAUCAUCAUCAUCAACAUCAUCGUCGUCGUCGUCAUCAUCGUCCAUAACACACCGUCAAAAUUCAGAUAAAUAUCGUAUACUUUACAGUGGUGAACUUUUAAUCAAUAAAGUUGAGCCUGCUGAUGCAUUAAAAAGUUUUCGCUGUCAAGUUAAACAUCGAAUGACGAAUGAGAAAUUUUUAAGCUCUAAUUCUGGACGUUUGUUUGUUUCCGAGCUAAUUACUAGUCAACCACCAAGAAUAAUCGAUACAAAUCGUGUAAUAAUAGCGGAAGAAGGUUCAUCAGCAGAAAUUGUUUGCCUAGCUCAAGGCUAUCCUGAACCAACAUACACGUGGUAUAAAAAUACUGAUCUAAUAUCAGAUCGUAUUAUAACCGAAUCAUCAUCAUCAACAUUAAGUGGCCUAAUGUCAAAUAACUAUCUAAUACCUCGUUUUCGUAUAUUAACAAAUUCAAUAUUGAUCGAAAAAGUCAACCAAAAUGAUGCCGGUCUAUAUCGUUGUAUUGUAAACAAUAGUCUUGGUUCAGAAUUGGCUGAAACACAGUUGAUUGUUCGAUCACCAUUGAAUGUCCAGAUUGGUCUUCCAAUAAUUCGCAUUGAAUUGGGCCAUAGUUUAACGCUUAAUUGUACUGUUAGUGGUGGCCCAAUUAAAGCUAUCGAAUGGUUACAUAAUGGUCGUCCCAUAUCAAAUAUGUUGACGAGUAGUAAUGGUGGUGGCACAUCAUCAACAUCAACUGGCAUUGGUGCCAUUUCAUCAUCAUCAUCAUCUUCAUCGAAUGGUAGCGGCGGAUUUCGUAUACGAUUAAUUUCUCGUGAAGUUUUACACAUUUCCAAAGUAACACGAACAGAUCAUGGAAUGUAUCAAUGUGUUGCAUUCAAUGAUUUUGAUUCGGCACAGGCACAAGUUCAAUUACAACUUGGUGAUAAUGCACCACAAUUGUUAUCGGUAUUUUCGGAACAAACAUUACAACCAGGUCAACCAUUAUCAUUAAAGUGUAUUGCAUCAGGAAAUCCGAUACCACAAGUUUUAUGGCAUGUUUAUGACAAGUUACCGAUACCCGAUCAUUUGGCUAGAUAUCGUAUUGGUGAUUAUGUAACAAGAGAUUCAUUAUUGGUCAGUUAUGUCAACAUAUCAUCCAUACUACCCGAAGAUGGUGGCCUUUAUACAUGUCAAGCUAUGAAUGAUGUUGCAACUGUACAGCAUACAGCUCGUAUCAAUGUAUAUGGGCGACCAACUAUAAGACGUAUGCCAAAUAUAACUGCAGUUGCAGGUGAAAGUAUUUCGAUUACAUGUCCAGUUGGUGGCUAUCCGAUCGAUUCUAUUGUUUGGGAAAGAGAUUCCGUACGUCUUCCAUAUAAUCAUCGACAAAAAGUGUUCACAAAUGGCACCCUUACAGUCAAUGAGCUUGAACGUGUAACCGAUGAAGGAAUUUAUACAUGUAUAGCACGUAAUAAAGAAGAUGUUCGUUCAAGUGCCAAAACUUCAUUCUCAUUAAGAGUAUUCGUUCGUCCUGUGAUCGAACCAUUCAAAUUUCCACAGUCCUUACAUCAAUCUCAGCGUUAUAAUUUACUUUGUACGGUUGUCAAAGGUGAUCCUCCGAUCAAAGUUGAAUGGUAUAAAGAUGGAAAAAAAUUAUCUAUUGGUUCAUUUCCUCAUACGAAUAUCAUACAUGUUACUGAUUAUUCCGUUACUUUGGCAUUCGAGUCUGUACAGCCUGACCAUAGAGGUAACUAUACUUGUGUUGCAUCGAAUGGAGCUGGAAGCAGUAGCCAUAGUGCAACAAUGAUCAUACACGUACCACCACGUUGGCGUAUCGAACCAACGGAUAUGACGGUCGUUAAAGGACAUAAUGCCAUUAUUGAUUGUGAUACGGAUGCCUAUCCGGAACCGGUUAUUACAUGGUCACGGGCUGAAGGUCUAGAUAUUAACAAUGAAUUACCAUCGAAUUUCAAGCCAAUCAAUUCAAAUGGACAUUAUCGAUCAUAUGAAAAUGGAUCAUUGGUCAUACAUAAUUCACAUAAAUCCGAUACUGGUUAUUAUAUGUGUGCUGCAUCCAAUGGUAUUGGUCCUGGUAUCAGUAAAGUUAUUAAGAUUACUGUCAAUGUUGCGGCAACAUUUGAGACAAAAUUCCGUACUGAAACUGUUCAUCGAGGAUUAGAAGCACGAAUCAAAUGUAGUGCAAAUGGUGAUAAGCCUGUUACCAUUUCUUGGUUCAAAGAUAAAGCACCAUUAAUGACCACUGAAGAUGGUCGAUAUGAUCUAAUUGAAACAAUUAUGAAUGAAGGUAUUAAAUCCGAACUAUUGAUUCGUAAUGCUGAUCGUCGUGAUGGUGGUCUAUACACGUGUUUGGCAUCCAAUUCAUUUGGUCAUGAUGAUACCAAUAUACAGCUUAUUGUACAGGAACCGCCGGAUCCACCAAGUGAUAUAAAAAUUAUUGAAAGAGAUGGCCGAUCAAUACGUAUUCAAUGGUCAACACCAUAUAGUGGUAAUAGUCCAUUAACUCAUUAUAUUGUUCAACAUAAACCUGAAAGUGAAAAAUUAUCGUCACAUUACUAUAAUUUAACAUUGGUUGCAUCGGAAAAUUCUGUUUCAUUAAAUGGCCUUCAACCGGUAACCACAUAUCAAGUUCGUAUUAUUGCUAUCAAUGAUCUUGGUCAAAGUGAACCAAGUGAUGUAAUGUUUGUACAAACGGAUGAAGAAACGCCUGGUGGUCCGCCAUUACAUUUGAAAGCUAUAGCAUUAACAUCUACAUCGAUCAAAGUAUCGUGGAAAACACCACGUAAAGAGCUUCAAUUUGGUUUUAUUCGUGGUUAUUAUAUUGGCUAUCGAUUAAUUCAAUCGACCUCAUCAAUGGAUGGAUCAUCAUCAUCAUCAUCUGGAUCUACACAACAAAGUGAUUUUAUCUACAAAACUCUUGAAGUUAAAGGAAAAGAUAAUGUUGAAGAAUGUAUUAUUAGCGAGCUUAAACGAGCUUCACGAUAUGAAAUUAUCGUGCAAGCUUUCAAUUCAAAAGGUGCCGGUCCAUCAUCUGAACCGGUGCAUGUUAAAACAUUAGAAUUUGAUCCACCAACAUCACCAACACUGCAAGUUACUGAAGUAACAUUUAAUUUCAUACGAUUAUCAUGGUCAAUGUUGUCCGAUCAAAUUAUAUCAGGAUAUAUUCUACAUUAUAAACGCGAAUCAAGCGAUUGGCGUGAAUUGAAAUUAUCAAAUAUCCAAACAUUUACACAUGAAAAUCUUCGUUGUGGUACUCGAUAUCAAUAUUAUUUGGUUGGCUUUAAUUCGGCUGGAAAAGGCGAUCCAAGCCAAGUAGUUUCGGCACGUACCGAUGGAACUUCUCCAGUUGCUCCCGAUAAGAAUUCGUUGCUUUCGGUCAAUUACACUAUGGUUACUAUUUAUCUUGAUUCAUUUCAUGAUGGCGGAUGUAAAAUAAAUAAUUUCGAAGUGAUGUACAAAACGGAUCGAUUACAUAACUGGACCCCGUUGACAAUGUCCGAUCAACGAACUAUUGUGCUCAAUGAUCUACUGCCAGGACAUAAAUAUCAGAUUCGAGUGACCGCAUUCAAUGAAGCCGGUAGUACUGAAGCUGAAUAUCAUUUCAUCACGCCGAUGUCAUCGUUACAAAAUGAUCAAGCUAUCAUUUUAAUGGGCUCUCGGUCAACAUCUUCUGUGCCAUUCUAUGCUGAUGUUUUAGUUGUUGUACCAUCGGUCAUUUCAUUUGUUGUCAUUGUCGUUCUUUUAUCACUUGUUUAUAUCAUUUUUACUCGAAAACCUCGGCAUACAAAUAAUAUUUAUGGCAAUUUUAAUGAUCAGAAUAAAUUUACAACCGAAGGAAAUGAAUCGGUCAUUAUGGGAGAAUUAGAGGCUAAAUAUGCCAAUAAUUUAAAUGGCGGAUUCAACACCAAUACCGACCUUAAAGGCUAUCCAGUUGCUGGUAAUGGUGGUGGUUGUGUAGCCACAAUGAAUCAAAAUGUUGUUCAUUUUCAAAGCCCAUAUGCAAUGACUAAUAUUCAGGAAAAAGCCGGAAAUGAGGAAAGAUAUCCACUUAAUCAUUUAAACAUGUCGCCAAUGAAGGCGGCAAACUAUUCAAUUGAACAUGAUGGAAUCUAUGCUACAGUUAAACGGACACCAAGGCCACCAAGAUCCGAUGUGCACAUCUAUCAAUUUCCUCGUACGACCAGGAUAAUACCGCCUAACGCCUAUAGUGGCUCAACAAUGGCUACAGCCACAACCGUUGCAACAACCGAUGAUAUUAUCAACCUCGAUUCUGAAUCAUUUGAUUCAUCAACACCGAAUAGUGGAGGAUGUCGAAUAUCGAACAACAAUAUGGGAAAUGGAGGAGGAGGAUUGGGAUCAUCAUCAUCAACGGCGACGACGAAUCCACACACAUCCAACAACCAUUCGAAUAAUCAAAACACUGCCAAUUGGCGAGCAACAGCAAAUCCAAACACAACAAUGGUCACACGAUAUGAUUCAAAGGAACAUCAUCAACAACAACAACAAGGAACAAUGGCUCAUAUGAAAAAAAUGCAAUAUGGACAAAAUCCAUUGUUCCAUGAGUAAUCUUUCUGGCUUUAAAACAUUAUUCAUUUUUUAUUAACAAAUAUAUCAUUCGUUUUGAAUUCGGGAAAAAGUUUGAAUGUUUGAAAAUCAAAGG